AUGAACGUCAUCACACGCUGUAGGCGAUACUUGUUCAGGCAUCCAAAGACUCUAGUUACCAUCACAGCCUCUCAAAGUUCCCUGGCCAAAUUCGAAAAUCAUCCCUAUGAUCUGCACAGAAUAGACUCUCCUCCAGUCCUCGUCGAAGUGACCAAAGAAGAUGCCAUAGACAUCUUCACCAAGAUGGUGAUGAUAAGGAGGAUGGAGAAUGCUGCAGCUCAGUUGUACCAGCGUAAGUUGAUACUUGGCUUCUGUCAUCUGUACGCUGGUCAGGAAGCAUGUGCCGUCGGAGUGAAUACGAUUAUGAGGCCUGGUGAUAAUGUGAUCACAACGUAUAGGUGUCACGCCUGGGCAUACUUGAUGGGUGUUGAGUUGGAGAGUAUUUAUGGGGAACUUCUUGGCAAAGUCACGGGUUCAUCUAGAGGCAAAGGCGGUUCAAUGCAUCUGUACGGGGACAAUUUGUAUGGUGGAAAUGGAAUAGUAGGAGCUCAUAUCCCUCUAGGGACCGGAUUGGCCCUAGCACACAAAUACAAAAACGAUGGCGGAAUUUGCUUCACAGUUUUCGGAGAUGGAGCUAUGGAUCAAGGACAAACCCACGAGGCUUUCAAUUUCGCAAAAUUGCACAACUUACCUGUGAUUUAUAUCCUAGAAAAUAACAAUUAUAGUAUGGGAACACCUUCGGUCCGACAUGCGGCGAAUACGGAGUUGUAUAAGAGAGGCGACCUGAUACCUGGGAUCAGAUUGGAUGGUAUGGAUGUUUUCGCGACAAGGGAAGCCACUAAGUUUGCCGUGGAGUAUGUCAAAAGUGAAAAAGGACCAAUCUUACUGGAGUUUGCUACUUACAGAUAUUUUGGUCAUUCAAUGUCAGACCCAGGAACGACCUACCGUACCAGGGAAGAAAUUCAGGCCAUCAGAGAGCGUCGUGAUUGCAUCAAGUUGCUGACAGAAAAAUUAGUGAAAACAGAAGUGGCAACCGAAGAAGAACUGAAGAAAAUAGACAAGGAAUCAAGCGUCAUCGUGGAAAAAGCAAUUCAAGAGGCUAUGAAAGAGAAAGAGCCUGAUUCGAAUGAACUCACCUUCGAUAUCUAUAAAGAAUCCAAAGAGAGAUUUAAUUUACUUGGUAGUCAUCGAGACGGAAACAGUCAACAUCGAGAUCCAGGAAGAAACAUAAUAGCGAAGCCGGGGCCCACGCGCUUUCCAUGCGAAGUCGCAGUUUUCCCGGGAAAUCGGCGAAAAUCACCGGUGAGGAUGUUCGACGGCUGCCUACUGGAGCUGGAUUCGUCUAGGGAAACCGGUCGGGAAGCUAAGCGCCUGCGCAACUCGAGUUGCCGCGCAUUUUCGUCGGAAACUGUUCAAACGGUGGUUUCGUCCUUCUUGUUUGUCACGUGA